AUGAAGUGCGAGCUUCCGUGCUUCCUGCUCCGCUUCCAUUCAACGACGGUCUCUCCUAAUUAUCACGGUCGCACUGUCAAUCAGAUAUUAGUUGCGAGGCUCGUACUGUACCUUACGUCUCUCACGAUAACUUCCGCGAUCAAGGGCCGCAUCGACAUUCCAGCCGAGACGCCACUCUUCUUUGCGUCCAAGCUGGUCGCCGAAGCCCUCUCCGAGCUCAGCAGCGGCGCACCAGCAAGCACCUCGGCGCUGCAGCGUUUGCGGCUCGCACAGACCCUCCUCUCGUCCUUCGAACCGUACGCGACCACUUCGCACGAUUGGGCCGGCGUAUAUGAGCGCGGUGCCUCCAGCCUCAAGCUUGACUUGCACUUUUGCGCCGGGCCGUACGAGGGCGCAUGGUUGGGCCAGUUCGUGGGCGCCAUAUGCGCGAUGACGGUGCUCGAAGUGGGCAUGCGCACGGGAACUACCACGCUCUGCAUCGCCGAAAACCUCCCGCGUGACGACCAGAAGGCGCACGUUACGACGCUCGAGCUGAUGGAGUACCUCAAGGGCUUCGUUGAGCCCUACUUCCGAGCUGCCGGCCACGGCCCAGAGCGCAUAACCGUCGUGACGAGCAAGGCAUCCGACAGCCUCAAACUCCUUCCAUCCAGUGGCAGCUCGUCAGAUAGCAAGACGAUUCCGGAGAAGGCCAAAGGCCCUUUCGAUCUCAUUUUCAUCGAUGCCGAUAAAGGAGGGUAUGUGGAGUAUUACAAGCUCAUCAUUGACGGUGGCCUGCUAGCCAAGACCGGAACGCUUUUGAUCGACAAUACGCUCUGCAAGGGUACGGCGUUCGCGCCCGGUCUGCUCGAGGUAGAGCCACAGAUCAACCUGGUAAACGCCAAAGCGAUCUCCGAAUUCAACGACAUGAUCCUCAAGGAUGAUCGCGUCAACGUCACCCUCCUGCCCGUCCGGGAUGAUGUCAUGAUGGUCAAUUGGAGAAAUUGA